AUGCUUAAUAUAAAUUUGAAAAAUAUAUUUCAUACAAAGGAGUAUCACGCCAAGGAACAACUCACACAAGAGAUUAACUUCUCCACAGUACAGAAGAAAAAGAAUAACAACAACAGGGACAUCUGUCAUAGUGAAAAGUCUGCCACCGGAGCUGGUAUAUAUUUGCCCGAACAAGAUGCCUCUAACUAUAUGAAGAAACUUUUACAAAUUCAACCGGUGAUCACUACUGUUUCCACUCAGGAUGCCUUCCCCAUUGAAAAAGACGUUGAAUACACUUAUAAAGACGAGAAACAAGUGGAUAACCCUAGUAUACCAAGUUUUGACGUAAGCUUCGAUGGGUUCAAUGAUGAUGAUGACCAAAUAGGAACUCCAAUGACUGCCGAAUUAGCACAUGCCCACAUAGCAUCAUCCUAUCCUAACUCUACCAUUACUUACAAAUUCAAAGAGCAAGCUGAAUUGAAAGGUUAUAAAUUAUUGAACAAGAUCGGUAAGGGUGCAUUUGCUGUCGUUUAUCGUGCCAUCCCAGAUCCUCAAAAUGGGAAAUCUUCUUAUUUCAAAGAAGUUUGCAAUGAAGUCGCCAUUAAGAUCAUUAAGAAAGUGGACCUAAGUGAAGAUUUAAAGGACCAUGAAAGAGAUACAUCACACGUCUCAUCAAGAGAGCAAGUUUUAAAAGAAGCAUGCCUUCAUAAAGUGGCUUCUUCAGAAUGUUCAGAGGUUGUAGGUUUUAUUGAUUUCGUCGAAACCAAAUCAUACUAUUACAUUGUCCAAGAGUAUUUACACGGUGGUGAGAUCUAUGAUCAAAUUGUUAGAUUGACGUAUUUCAGCGAAGAUUUAACUCGUCAUGUCAUAAGACAAUUGGCUCAUGCGGUCAAACAUUUACAUUCCAUGGGGAUCAUUCAUCGUGAUAUUAAACCAGAAAAUUUACUAUUUGAACCCAUUCAACAUAUCCCAUCUACACACGUUAAAUUGAGGAAGACAGACAAUCCCUUCACAAAGGUCGAUGAAGGUAUGUUUAGACCAGCUAUUGGUGGUGGUGGUAUCGGCGCUGUAAAAUUAACAGACUUUGGUCUCUCCAAACAGUUAUCCACUGAAACUACAAAUACUCCAUGUGGCACCAUAAGUUAUGCUGCUCCAGAAUUGAUUAGAAACCAUCAAUAUGAUAAUAAGAUCGAUUUAUGGGGUAUUGGAUGCGUUCUUUACACUUUGCUAUGCGGGUUUCCACCCUUUUACGCUGAUCAACAUAAAUCUGUCACCAGAAAGAUUCGUCAUGGUGAGUAUCAUUUCCUUUCACCAUGGUGGGAUGAAAUCAGUUCUGGUGCUAAGAAUUGUGUGAAACAUUUAUUAGAAGUUGAUGUGAGUAAACGUUACAAUAUUGAUGACUUAUUAGCCGACCCAUGGUUGAAUAUGAAUUCUUCUCCAGUCAACCCCCCCAUCAAGAGUAUCUUCUCACACACGAACGAUAAUAUAGAUACGUCGAACGUCAGUAUAAAGAGAAGGUUAUUGAACAAGGAAACACAUGACUCAUAUUCUAGCUAUUCUUCUCUAUUCUUCAUCGAUGAGAAACCAUCAGAGCUAAUUGAAACAAACACAACAGCUACAACCACUCCACCAUCACACGAAAAAUACACAAGUCCAAUGAGAGGUAAAAAAUGCACAUAUUCUGAAAGAACUUUAUUUGAAAAUGAAGCGUCAUCAGUAGAAAAAUUUAGAAACCGUAUCAACAACAGAGCAACAUCUGUCCCAGGUUUAUUCGAAUUGGAACUUAACACAUCCGCACUUUUUCAAAGAAGGUGCAUGAAAAGGGAAACUAACCCCCAUUACAAUACACAGACUAGCAUACCGCUAUUGCCAAUCACCGAAUAA